CCUGGCUUGGGAACGUUUCCAGGUAGCUGUCAAAGACGAGGAUAUAAACACGUGCUAUGACAUGGGCUUGAAGGAAUUUGAACAUUCAGGCGUCCAUGACCUCUUCAAGGCCAUGUCAAAGUUUAUAGCAGCGUCUAGACAGGCAACAGAGCUGGACAAGACGAGAGUCUUGUUGGAGACGAGGAUUCAGCAGGUGAAUGCUGACUGUAAAAAAUGGGCUGGGGUUGCUGAAAAAGCCAAGGACGAGGUCAAGGAACGUAGCAAGCUGAUUGAGGAGCUAAGGACGGAUGCAGUGGAGAAGGAUACGCGCAUUGAUCAUUUGCAGAAGAUGAACGAUGAAUUGAAUGCUCGUCUCUCCAAGGCAAAAGAGGACGCUGUGGCUGAGUUCAAGUCGUCCAAAGAAUAUACAGACACUUUGGAUCGCAAUUAUGCAGCUGGUUUUGAAGAUUUCAGAAUGGACGCUAUUGAGAACUUCCCUGAAGUUGAUUUUAAUGCAAUCAAGCUUAACCUUGCUGCUGCCACAAGCUCUCUUCUCCAGACUGGCUCUGAUGACGUCAACGUGGAAGACGACGCUAGUACCCAGCCUCAGGACGCACCAGUUGUGAAUGCUCCCCCUUCUUAGGACGAGACUUUUAUCCUUAGUGGU